GCGGACAUGGGCGCCAAGCAGAGCGGUCCGGCCGCUGCUAACGGCCGCACCCGCGCGUACUCGGGCUCAGAUCUACCCUCCAGCAGCGCCGGAGGGGCCAGUGGGACCGCGGGCGGCGGCGGGGCGCGGGCUGAGGCCGCGGAGAGGUGCCCGGCUCAGGUGUCCGGCGCUCACCAGCCCAGCGCCUCGGGCGCCGCCGCGGCCGCCCCGCGCAGCCGCUCCCUUGGUGGGGCUGUGGGGACCGUGGCGUCGGGGACCCGCGCUGCGCAGUCGUCCUUCAGCAUCCCCAACAGCAGCAGCGGCCCAUAUGGCUCGCAGGACUCAGUCCACAGCAGCCCCGAGGACGGCGGCGGCGGCAGGGACCGGCCGGCGGGCGGGGGUUCCGGCGGGCCGCGCCUGGUGAUCGGUUCCUUACCAGCUCACCUCUCGCCGCACAUGUUUGGAGGAUUUAAGUGUCCUGUAUGCUCAAAAUUUGUACCCUCAGAUGAAAUGGAUUUGCAUCUUGUGAUGUGUUUAACAAAGCCAAGAAUAACCUAUAAUGAGGAUGUACUGAGUAAAGAUGCUGGGGAAUGUGCAAUAUGCCUUGAAGAAUUGCAGCAGGGAGAUACUAUAGCACGACUGCCUUGUCUAUGCAUAUAUCAUAAAGGCUGCAUAGAUGAAUGGUUUGAAGUAAAUAGAUCUUGCCCUGAGCACCCUUCAGAUUAAGCAUCAGCUUCCUGUUUCAGGUUUUCUUGUCUUUUCAAGAUGCUUGAAAAACCAAGAGGAUAUGAAGAUCUGUCUCUGGAAAAACAAACAAAAACGCAGGAAUACUCAGCCAGAAAUCUUGAGUUCUGUGAGACUUGGUAAAGCAGAGAUGGACAAUCUUACAACAAAAUAAAUUCUGCUGAAGAGAGGACAAUUGCUACAGAACACAUUGUACCAAACAUGCAUAUAAAGGACACACAGGGAGUUUGAAAAUGCUGCACAUCCCUUAACAGUCAUCUACAUAGGUAAUACUGAUAAACUCUCGGAGAUGCCAAAGUUAACUGAUCUAAAAGUUGAUUUUUAAGUUCUUUAGAGCUGUGCAACUACUUGUGUUUUGAUUUGUUUUUUUGUUUGGGGUCUCUAUUUUCCCCAACAUGAUAUUUCUGCAUUCACCUAUUCCUAAAUUGAGGACCCACAUAAUUUACUUCUUAUAAAGUCUUCAAUGUGAAACCAAGAAAUGUAAUCAAGCAGUAAAACAUUCUCUGAAAUGUAGGCUAUGAUCUCAAGUUCUUUUUUUUUUUCCCCUAAGAGUGGAAAAUAGACUUCUGCAUAGGAAAGCUGAAAUAUGUUAAUAUCUUAAAGUUUUAGGAUUAUCAGGAUGCAGUCCAAAGAGUAAAUCAAGUUACAUAAUUACAUUUUAAUUAAUUAAAUCCAGGAUUGUCUACUGAAUUGCUAUUUAUUUAAAUAUGUUGUUUCUUCUUAAGUAAAACUGCUCCACAGUUAAUCAGCAAUGAAUCAUCUUGCAGCUAUGCAACUUUUAAAAAAAAUACAUGAAUUACCAAUUUUAAUUGCUGCCAGCUACAAUAACGUUGUUUUAACGGGUAUUUUUGUUCUUUUCAUGUAAUUAUUUUAUUGUGUUUUGCAUCUCCAGACAGUUUUCCCAUGUUUGGGUAAAAUGUUUAGCAGGUUGUAAAUUUAAUAACUUAUGGAAAGGGUAAAAGAAAAUUUUCUUGAGUGGAACUUGGAAUAAUUUGAGGUACAUUUUAUAUACUUUUAAAGAUCAGAAUUUAAUUGGGAUGCCAGAUUUAUAAUAAUUUGCAUCUUCAAUUUUCCAGAUAAUUUGGAGGUUAGCCUUUCAUAAAUGAUUUUUUUAAAGCAAAUAUGAAGAUUUUGUUAAUUUAUAAUUUAUUAAUGUGUUAUUAUUGUAAUUGAAAAUGUUAUACUUUUAAAUUCAGUUUAUGUAGAAAGAAAUGUAUUAAACAAAAUUAUGUGAAUAAAUAUUCCACAAAAUACAUCUGAAUGGUUAAAAAAUACUGGAAGACAGCUAUCAGGGCUACAAUAGUGAAUGUCUUUUUUUUUUUAAUAUCAAAAAUACCAAUAAGUAGAUUUCAUGUUUUCAAUAUAGGGAAAAUGUUAUCAGUAAACAUUUAAGCAGUGCACUUUAUUUGGUAUAGUUGAAAGUUGCACAGUACUGUUCCCUUAUUUUAAGCUUUCUUUAAUAUAUUUAAACAUUUGCUUUUCUAUUUAAUGCUGCUACUUUUACUCUUAAAUUUUUCCCUAUUCUAUUGCUUCUGUUUUGUUAUUUUUUAAAACGGUGCAUACAGGAGCAACUGCUGCUACCCAGAAAAAUGUAUGUAUUACCAAUUUAAAGUUUUUAAUUGCUUUCUGUGUAAUUCUAGACUAGAUAACAUUUUCCCUGAAGUUAUGCUGUGAAAUGCCUUUUUUUAUGCUGCAAUUGAUAAAAAUCCAAAACCUCCAUUAUAACAGCUGACAGCACGGUCUCACAGGUGCUUUUUUAACCAGUUAUGGAAAAUACUCUUCCUCAAGGAAAAUAUUCUUUUCUUAAAUUUUUUUUUGUUAUCAUGAAAUGUUAAUAUGAAUCCAUUUUAUUUCACAUUUCACUUUUGUAAGCUUUCACACACACACACACACACACACACACUCUACACCUCUUACAAUGUGAAUCAUUCAUUUUUCCUACUACUAGUAUAUUGUUGUGAUUAGAAUUAUUAUGUUGUCUUCCAUUCCUAAAGGAAAAGAUUUACUAUAGCUGUGGUAGCUAACUGUUAGUAUUCUCCUGGAAGUUGGUUUUCUGAUAAAAUUUACUCAUAGACUUUUAAAAACGUGGUUGGCUUAAGUUCACCUUUCCUUUUUUGUCCUGUACCAUACUUCUCACACACUUGCUCACUUAGCCUGCUUGUCAUUAAUGUUCUGUGCUGCAGUUGCUGAAACAGAAGCUCUUGUGAUUUCAAAGAAAGUUCAGUGUUUGUCAGUUAGUGUAAAGUGCUCCUUGAUUAUUAUAUUUGUCUAGAACAGUAUUUACUUAAAUCUACUUAUAGCAAUCCCUUUUCAAAUUUAUAGAAGUUAGCAUUUUUUACUUUAAUUCAGUCUCCAUUAAAUGACUUCCUAAAAAGAAUUUAGAAUUUUUAAAAGAAAAUAUUUUUAAAUCCCAGAUGAUCCAGUUUUUUUUCAAAGUUACACUUCCAGAAAAUGUUGUAAGUGUAAUAUUCUAUAUAAUGUCACUUACAUAUUUGUAAAUCUAUAUGCAGACACUGAAUAGUGUAAGUAGGAUAUAAAAUCACAUUAGAUAUUUAAAUGUAUAGCUGAAACUACUGACAACUGAAUAUUAUGGAGAUAAGGAUUGAAAGCCUAGGUUAUCAGGUUGGCUAUAGCUUUCUAGAAUCUUUGUAAAUACUUUUUUGAAAUAAGAUCACCCUUGAGUAUAUAGAAAGCAGUAUGUUCUGAAAUUUCACUUUGUGCCACUCUUCAUAAUGGAUUUAUUGCCAAUUUUGACUCCUCGUCUUUUUUUGUGUGUGUGUGCCAGAUUGUAUAAGAGAUAGUAAAAUUAUGCUCUUACUUUUGACUCUUUGCUGUACAAAUUAGACUAAGUAUAUAGUCUUAUCUGUGUUUUUCAUAUGUGAUUAUAAAUCAGGUACACAUUAUGUUUUAAGAGCAGUGUUUUAUAAUUGAAAUAUAAAUAAUGAUUUUUACAACCUUUUUUUGUGGUAGCUGAAACAUUUAAAUAGUCUUGUUAACUGUUGCAUACUAUAUAGGUUUUGGUUUCUUAGUGCAAGUCUUAUAUUUUCUUUAAAUGUUACACAGUUAUUUUAGUUUUCACCCACUAAACAUUGUAUUAGAAUGUAGCCCAAAAAUGCCUGAGGAGCACCCUCAGCUUAUUUGCAAUAUGUAUUUUGAAAAGGUUUCAGUUUAAAUGAGCUAGUGAAAGUGACAGAUUCCUUUCCAAAGCUUACUUUACUUUCUAAAUUUAGGUAUAGUGAAGUUUAAGAGCAAAAUCAUUUAAUAUAGCAAGACUAAGGGAUAUUCUUUUAAAUAAACAAGACUGUAAAUUCAAUGUAAAUAUUACCUAAUUUUAUUUACUAACUUGUAGUGUUGAAGAAGGGAAAUUUCUAACAAUAAGCUACAUCUGAAUAAAGCAUGAAACGUCUUUAAAAUUUAAAAAUAAUUGAAUUUACCAUCUGAUUGACAUCCACAUUAUGCAUUGAUAAUAGUAUCAAAAUCAUCUUACUCUUCACAGAGAAGUUUCCAUCUAAAUCACAUUAUUGGGAACUUUGUAAACGUGGUAGAGGUAAAUAUUGCUUUUUAAAUACCAGUAAAUUUGUUAGUUGCAGGAAGUUGUCUAGCUCAUUUUCUUACAAUUUGGUUUAUCCUGGGUGAACUCCCAUACAUAUUGACAAUGGGUGGUUAUAUGUGAAAUGUCCCUGUUUACAGUAGAGAUAGUUUCUAAGUUCAAAAAAAAAUUCUAGAAUACCAAUAUUUUGUCUUUUGCCCAUUUCCCUUUUUUUCUGAAGUAUGUAACUUCUGAUUUUUUAAUUUGCUAUAUUGUGAAUAACGAUAGUUAAAUUAUGUUUUACUGUCUACUUUUCUUCUCUACCCAGCUCUUUUCAUUCUCAAACUGAAUUGCUACAUUUCUUUAGAAGAAAUUGUUACUUUGUAUACUCCUAGUAGUGAUUCUUAUGCAGGAACAGCUUUUUUGGUAAUAAUUUACUCAGAUAAUACUUUGAGUACCAUAUUCUGUGAAGGCUGUGCUUAAACAAAGAAACUGAAUAUUCUUUUCAGAUCACAAAAUUCCUGUAUUGAAUGGGAAAUACCUGCUCUUUUAAGUCAGCUGAUUCUCUUUGGGAAGUAAAAGCCAUCGAAGAAAACCAGAUAUGUUGAUAGUAAGUUUCAGUUGAAAGGGCAGCAUUACUAUAUUUGGAGAGUUGGCAUAUUUUCAAAUAUUUGAGCCAUCAUUAAUUUUAGACCAGUGGCUAAUAACAGAGAUUGUUGAUUGUUUGUUUAUAGAGAGGCAAAGAGCAAGCAGCAUGGCAUAAACUCACAUCCCAGAUAUAAAUGAAAUUUUUUAAAGUGAUUAUUAUUUAUUAACCAACACUGUGCUGCUUAGCUCUGCCCUGGAUGGUGAGGCAUCUGUCAAGCCCCCCCAAAUCUUAGAACCAGAAGUGACUGAUUUAUCUUAUUACUAAAUUCUAAUGUCUUCCCUCAAUCAUACUGAGACUGAUAGGUACUGAUGACUUGUCUUUAUAGACUCACAGUUCUGCUGGGACUCUGUUACCAGUGAACCUGGUACCAGCAUCUUGAAAAGGUUACUUCACUUGUUAAUAGCAUUUCAAGCACCUGUGUGCAUAUAAUAAACAUUGAGCAGAUCCUGUAGGGAGCUAUGAAAGAGAUUUCGGAAUUUGAUGGUGAUACUAAUUUUUCUUAAAGCAGUCCAUUACAUUUUAUUUCUUUGCAGAGACUAUAUGAAUUUCUCUGUUUGAAAAAUCAUGGUAAUAAUAGAUAUUUACCUCUGUUGCUUUGUUCAUAAUUUCCCCUAUUAGAAAAUAUUUUCCUGUUAAAUAAGGUAACAAAAGUGUCAAUCAUAAGAAAUACAGAAAAUGUAUUAGAAACAACUUGUGUUAGUAUGUUCUAAACCUAAAUGGAAUAAUUCAUUGUUGAUAUUUUAAUAAAUAAAACUUCCAAAUGAU